AUGGUCGUUUUUCGAUCAAAUAUAAUUUUGAAUUUAUUUAUGUUUAAUAUCUGCAUAAAAAGUGCAAUUGGAAUGCGUCAAACAAAAAAAUGGAAUAAACCAACAGAUAGGAGUCAAGCACCACCAGUUAAAGACUCAAUCGAUUUUGUUUCGCCAUCAACACUAGGCAUGGUCAAACAUGCUACAAGGCAGGGUGGUAACAAACACAAACAAUACAUGGAGGGUACAACAUCAAAAGUUCCAGGGCGCACCACACCAGAGCACAUAUCAGUACACGAACCCUGCGACUACUUAGUCAUAAACUGUCAUAGAGCUUAUCAGACUGGAAAAGUUUGCGGAAAAAGCAGUUAUUAUCGUACGCGCACCUUCAAAAACUAUUGUAUGCUGGAUUAUGCGAAUUGCAUAUUGAGAUAUGAAUAUUUUCAAAUUCUUCAUAUGGGGGAAUGCUAUCGAUUGCCUUUUCAAUCCAGGAUUAGAUGUAGAUGGGUGCGGCACCGUUUUAUUUUUUGGAAGUUUCACUACGAAUGUAACUAUGACGACUCUAAAGCAUAUUACCCUCUAUCGAAUCUGGGGUCUUAUGAAUUUAUAGAUAAUUUUCCAUGGCCACGUGUUUGA